UUCGCCACGAACAUUGCUGCAGACACUGUUCAAGUUGAAUGUGUUGUCCAUGAUUACCUACAAUGCUACAUAGCAGCAUUGCGGCCUAUGGGUCUAAGAGCAGGAGGUGCCCUUCGCUUGAGACUCUUUGGCCAGAAAAGCUUCUCUAUUGAGUUCGUGACGCAGCCAUGGUUGUCCACCGAGGUUUUGCGAUCGUUUGAUUUCUCCUUCCUGUGAGCUGGGCAUUGCAGCUUGCAGAGAUGAUUCUUCUGAAGUCAUGACAAAUUGAGGACUGCAAGAAGGGGCAUUGUCUUCUAUAGACAACGGUGGGAGCUGCACUGAAGCGGGGCCUGAUUCCCCUCUUGCAGCGGUGACUGGGGAGGGGAACUUCACCCUCUGAAAGACAGUGGUGUCCUUCUCCAUGCUAAAUCAGAGGCGUUCAGCUGUGCCCUACAUUUGCAGCUGUAAAGGGACGCCGAAGUCAGUCCGCCAAGGCGGUUAGAUAGGAAGGCCAUGGGGGGCAAGAAGCAGAAGGAGUUCAAGGACAUCCCUGAGUACCACAUCAACGGGCAGGAGGGGGAGGACACAACUGUGAAAGUGGGGGAUUGCGUGAUCAUGCGUCCCGACGCGGGAGAGCUGCCAUACAUCGGCAAGGUAGAAAAGUUAUUUGUGGCAGGCGAGGGGAAAAAGCAGGAGAAAAUCAAGGCGCGGUGGUAUUAUAGGCCGAGCGAAGCAAAGGGAGGGCGACGAGCUUUUCACGGGAAGGCGGAGCUGUUUCUGUCGGACCACUACGACGAGGUGUGGGCGGAGGCCAUCAUGGGCAAGUGCCGCGUGCACAGCUUCAAGAAGUACAUCCAAAUGGAGGACCUCGGGGAAAACGACUUCUACUGCCGCUUCGAGUACAAGGCCCAGACAGGGGCCUUCGUGCCGGAUAAAGUAGCAGUGUACUGUCUCUGCGAGAUGCCCUACAACCCGGACGACCCCAUGGUCCAGUGCGAGAAGUGCCGCGACUGGUACCACCUAAAGUGCGUGAAUUUAACCAAGAGCACUGUGAGGAAGCUGGAGGUGUUCUUCUGCGACUUGUGUCAAAAAGAACCGCAAGAGACGGUCGAAAGCGGAGACGAGAACGCUAGGAGCUAGCAUAGAACAGCCGGGAGGCAAGGCUUGUCAUUCUGAUCGUUGCAAGCAGAUUGUGUGUAAGGAUGCAACAGCGGGUCGAGGCAAAAUUCCUGUAUGGACGGAUAAAAAUUUGGCACGUGUCCCUAGACAGCAGUUCGACUGUCAGUGUUUCAAGCGGUACGGGCACAAGAAAAGCGUAGCAAAGUGUUGUUCUGUCAUAGGUUUUUCUAGGUCGCCGGUUAACUUAGCAUGUAGAUAUGUGAGGUGUAAGAUCUAUGCGGCAUAAGAUAGUGGAUGUUCCUCACAGGACUAUGGAUUCAAGGGUCCGUUUAGCAGCUCAGAGACAUGGGGCAACAAGCCUCUCACAGUUGUGUGAGAAAGGGCCAUACUUAAGCGUUGCGUCAGCUCUGCAAUGCUAGUACAGAGGAUCAGUCCUGGAUUUGACAUGAAUCAGACUGCAAGAGAAAGUCAGAAGGGUUGCUUAUAGUGCUAUGUGGAAUUGACUUGCAGGUGGUGCGCGCACAGCGUGCAUCAGGAUCCGAUCCUCAUCGAUCGCACUGCAAUAUUUUUGAAAGACCAAC